AUGGCUCAGGGUAUGAGCAACAUUGGUCAGUCGUGGGCGACUACCCCUAACCGCUAUUUUGUACCGAUGACGGGUACUACGGGAGCGACGAACGUCAUCCCAGGCAUCAGCAGCGCUGGACUGCCAACGGAUAUGGCGGGUGGUGUUGACGAGGGCUCGGUGACACGAGCAGAAGUGGAGCAGGUGGCUCUGUUCACGAACCCGCAAGGCGUGUACAAGACCUUUUCCGAAGACGCGAGGCGCGUUGGAAAACAAGAACCGGGCGCUGUAAGGGUGUUAUGGCAUCCGCGUGAGCACGACGAUCCCCAGCGGACUGUGUCCGAGAAGCAAGAUAAAGAUGAAGUGACGAGUGUGGUUGGAAUAGGCCCCAUGGGAGCCGACACCACCACCAGAGAGCGACGGAUGACGGAGAGUGUAGUGUCGCCGGCGCAAGACGAGUUGGGCGAGGUGCUGCAGACGAUGAGUACCGAUACGAUGCUGCGAGACGUCGAACGGGCGGCGAUAUAUCUGGCGACGGUGCGACCGACGAUGGCAGCGGAGCGGUUUGUGCUGGCACCGGUCGACCUGGACGACGACCAGAACCUGGAACAGCUAAGUACCAGUAUCGACCAGGCACGACAAGCUCGACGGAAGGCAAGGAAGGCGGCAAAGCGACAACGAGUCAAGAUGAUGCUGGCGAAGCGUCGCAGAGAGACGCAAGAAGACGAAGUCGAACGACAGAGAGCCGCUAAUGCCGUACGGAACAUACGAGUCAAGAGGCAAACGCAGCGAUGGCCGAGCUGGCAGAACGACGCGGCGACGACCAGGGGACUUGACCCGAGUGAGCCUGGUGAAGCACCAGCCAGUACGGGAAGGACGACACGAACGAACGAUGUAGUGGAGUACGUGGGCGCGGAUGAUGGCCUUCCAACGGCCAUCAUGGAUGUUGGUGGUGUACGACGGCGAGUGAAGCUGGGUGGUGGUGCUCGAGUGGCGACGAGCUCCCCAGUAGACUUCGUAGAGAGUAUUGGAGUGAUUCUCCUCAACGUAGUUGGUGUAUGGCAGUUCGAGUUCCGCACUGUGUUCAACGAGGUGCUGACGGUGGACGCGUGUGUGGUGUCAGGGUGCACCGACGAGUUCCUUCUGGGAGUGGACUUCAUGCGGGCACGAGGAGCCACGAUGGACUUCGACCGCAACGAAAUCUGGUAUCGCGACGAAGGACGAUCCGUGGUAAUCUCGCUCCGAACGCACGAUGGGACGGGUGGAGCAAAGAUCGCUGUAGUGCGGAUGGCUGGCAGAACGUAG